AUGCGUCCAAAGAGUCCUUAUAUGGCCGAUUAUGUGAAAGCAAAACGGUACGUCAGCUCCAUCCGUCAAUACAGCUACGGCUAUAAAUACGCCUGCCAAACAUGGCGUCGUCACUUACAAUAUGUGGCGAUUCAUACAUCGGACGUUACGUCCAAAGCCAAUACUAACGCUCGUUACGUCAUCUCAAAACAGGAUCAGAUCAUUCAGAUGGUCCUUAACACUCCGGAUGUCUUUCUUAGACGAACACCACCUCCGGACAACGUUUCCGCCUCAACGAUGAGUGAUUUAUCAUACACCUCCGCCGUGUCCACACCUGACACGAUAAUGACUCCAGCAGCGCAUGAAUAAUUAUUAAUUCACUUCAUAAAUAUAACAUUACGGACCUUUACUUAGAUCACACCAUUCUAUACAUGACAGCAUUUACGUAUAGUAUCUAGUUUUAGAUAAAAGAAAAAUACGUGUGACAUUAGGCCUGUUCAAGAUCGGGUUUUGAAUUGAUAAUGAAAUUGUGUGACCUGAUCAACGAUCCGAACUUUCCGAACAACAAAAUUAUGGUA